CCGCUUUUGCCGCCAUUGCUUUUGCCGCCAUUUUCUUGCCGUAUCGAUUGCACUUCGUGCAUCCUCCACGCACUCAAGGAACUUGGCACGAUUACAGCAGGCCCUCCAGAGGGCCAGUAGGUCAGAGAACUCGCUGCUGUACCUGGUCGGUCACACCACUAGCUCCAACAAGCUGCACCACACACAGUAGAAGCGAUCCAACAUCAUCGCAGCCCCAUGGACCGACUUACUUGUCCUUGAUAGCUUUCUAGCCGAUCAUGUCCUGCCACGUCACCCGUCUGGGCUCGUUCGCUGUCGGCUCGCUUUUGUAGUCGAUAAUGAGCUCGUUGAUGUUGGCUAUCAGCUUCUCGUCCUCAUUGCCUUUGCCCGAGCGACGGAAAGGCAGAGAAGGACCGGCUCCUGAGGGGUGCAAGCAGACAUGGACAGAGGCGUAGUCACCCUUGAAUGGCAGAAUGGGAGUGUUGGAUACCUUGCUUCUUGUCAUUGUUGCCCUCCUGCGUCUCCGUGUUCUCGGUCUCCCUGCACGUACACACAAUGGAUGUUCGAUUGUUCGAUUGCAUUUGUCGUUACUUUUGUAUUCAUGUCGGUAAUUGCAGCGUCUCGAUCUGAGAGAGUGUGCGCGGCAUCACCAUGGUCACCAUAGCAAUUCGUCGGGCCUUGGCGAGCUCAUGGAUGUGCUUCAUGUGCCUGGUGAUGUUAGAG